AUGCUUAACUUCACUGGCACAACAAAAAAGAGAACGGUCAACUUGGGCGAAAGGCGUGCUGUGCCUCGAGGGAAGAACUUCCUCGAGCAGACAAAAUUACAGAGACAGCAGAGGGACGAGCAGCGUGCUCGAGAACGCAGUGCUACUUUAAUUCAGCGAUACGUGCGUAGAUGGUUGGAGUUGCACGCUGUCCUGGAGGCGCUAGUGGAGGGUUGGAAAAGUGAUGGCGAUUGGAACAAAUACGCCUUUCAGCUUGAGCUCUUUUCCAGGUACUGCUCGAAGUCUGGUGAUUUGGAGAGUGUUGUUCGGUGGUUUGUGGAGGGUCAGAAUGGACAGCUUUCACAAAGAGCAGCGUUGGCUGUGUACAAGCUGAUCAACAGGCUACUAGGGAAGUCUUCCACUGGAGCUGCUCUCAGCGAAUGCCUAUAUGCUUUGCUAAGGCAAUAUGGGGCACCGGCAGAACCGCAUAGCGCGUUCAGCGGGAUCAUUCUGAAACUACAGGCGGUGGACAGUGACUUGGCGACGAAAUGUAUCUUCAUGAUCAACUCUGCAGAUCCUGAGGGCCAAUUUCUCGUUUUUCUUGCGUCGUAUCGUCCCGAGGGACCCGAUCUGGAUCUUGCACAAGUAUGUGCCUCGGCGAUUCACUCUAGCGAUCAACGCAAAAUCAUGUCGCUUUCGAAUGAGCAAAAGGUCUCGCUUCUCGUAAACACAUUGACUCUUCAGGGAAAUCAAGUGGCGCUGCUGAGUGCAUACCUUGUUCACGCAAAGAUUCUAUCCACAAUGUCUACGAUUACCUUGUCCACAGAACUUCCUGAUGAGGAUGAGGAAGAAAGCCAUCAAAAGUGCACCUUUGUCUCUCAAAAGGAUAUGGACACUGUACUUAGACUCUUUACUUCCCAGUAUGUUUCUAUAGUGAUGAAUCUGUUGGUUAGUAUGCAUGUGGGCGCUGACGGCGCCAGUAUGGCGUUACAAACAAUUGCUACCAUGAUGCACCUAAUUCAGCCACCAACAAAACUCUGCAUGCUCAUCACAAUUACACCAGGCUCACAUACCAGGUUCUUUCAAGAGCUAAAGAGCAGCCCUAUCUUCGAUUUUUUCGUCUCUGCUGAAGCCUCGAGAGACUACCUACUGGCUGAUUACAUUGAGCUGAACCGCCAGUUACUAGAUAACAGUGUUUUUUGGAAUAUGCUUUACACUUUUCAGGAGAUCAUGUCGUAUUGGUUGUUUGUAAGCAACGAUACUGAAAGCUUCAACGAAGAUAAGAUAUCUCGAGAUGAUGCUAGUCAGCUUGCAACUUUCUUGAAGGUCUUAUCCCUUACACUCAUCUUUAACACCAACAGGCUAGAGCAAGCGAAGAUCUUCGGUGAUCACAACAAAUUGAAGUCGUCUUCCUUGGCAUUGCUCAAUCUGUUGUACUUCAAGAACUUGAGGAUCAAGUUCCUUCUGAAAUCUUUCUGGAAGCUCAAGCACCUCAACUUCGACAUUGAUAGCAUGAUUGCGCUUGUGUUGGACGAUCAAACGUUUACAUCUCACGACAACGACGAUAACGAUUCAGAUCAUGCAGCAGUUGGUCAUGUGAAGUCCAAGCGGACAAACGAUGCAAUUGCAAAGCUUGAAGUCUUAGAUAAGGCAUCAUAUUUCGUGGACUUCAAGGACCGUGUCAAAGUAUUCCAAAGCUUGAUAGAAGAAAAUCGUCAGUCGGAGAAUCCGUACAGCUUCUUCAUGGAUAAUCCUCCGCUGCGCUUUGAAGCAGACAUCUCAAGAAAUGCUGUCCUUGAGGAUGCUUUCAAGAAUUUCUUUCCUUUAGGACACAAGUUCAAAGAGAAAAUUUCCGUCACUUUUCAUAGUGAGCAUGGCCCUGAAGCCGGAAUCGAUGGGGGUGGCAUCACUAAAGAACUUUUGACGUCUGUUGCUAUGGAAGGCUUCAAUCCACAUCUGAAACAUGCAUUAUUCAAGGAAACUCCGUCACAUAAUGAGUUGUAUCCAAAUGAUGAUAUAUACAUGAGCGUUCAUCAGCGGAUCGACUUGAAGAGGCAGCAGGAGAGACUUCUAUAUAUUCAGUUUCUCGGCAUGGUAAUCGGUAAAUGCUUUUACGAGAACGUCUUGGUGGACAUCGAGUUUGCUCCGUUCUUUCUUACUAAAUGGACUAGUGCUCACAGUGCAUCCCGGAGUUCAGUGAACGACCUUCAGUACUUGGAUGUUGAUUUGUACAGCAACCUCAUGAAGUUGCUAGAGAUGAACGACAAGGAGAUCAGAGCUCUCGAUUUAAAUUUUACCAUCAACGAAGUGGUCGAUGGCAAAGUUGUGAAGUUUGAUCUCCAGCCACCUCAUGGAGAGUCUGUGAGUGUCACUUCGACCAAUCGACUCAAUUACAUCCACGAGGUUGCCAACUUCAAGUUGAACCAAUGUCUCUAUUUGCCUUCGAGACAUUUUCUUGAAGGCUUGCACAAGAUCAUCGACCGAAAAUGGCUCAAUAUGUUUGAUCCUUUCGAAUUGCAGAAAUUGAUUAGCGGAGGUGAGAGCAAUGUGAAUAUCGAAGAUUGGAAGAACAAUGUGAGCUAUGGUGGAUACUUUGACGAUGAUAUCACCAUCAGGUUGUUCUGGGAAGUUGUUGAAGAGAUGAGCCCCAAAGAGCGGUGCCGACUUAUCAAAUUUGUCACUUCGGUCUCUAAAGCACCCCUUCUUGGUUUUGGAUCUCUCACGCCAAAGUUUGGUAUUCGCAACAGCGGCAAGUACCCAGACAGAUUGCCCACGGCGUCGACAUGCGUAAACCUUCUCAAGCUUCCCGAUUACCAAGACAAAGAGCUCAUUCGACAAAAGCUUCUCUACGCCAUCAACGUCGAUUCCGGUUUUGAUUUGUCCUAA